UUUUUUUUUUUUUUUUUUUGGGUUGAAUAAAUUUAACAGAAGCCCAUAAAAGGAGUCGGCCUGAUGGACAAGGGGGACAUAUAAUCGCGUGGUGCAAACCUAAAUCAACCGGAAGCAUCAGCUGCUCGCUUCUAGGGUUCCUCUCUUUUUUUUGCCCAAACCACAUAAGAUUUAGGAGGGAGACGACGAUGUCGCUGCGGAUUGAAAGCAACGACGCCAUGGAUAGUGAUUCUCGUCAGAGACCGAAACGAUUGAAGAAAUGCGACGGGUUCGGUACAGUGGUCCUUGGUUAUGGCCGUGAACUGUUGAGAGAAGUCUGUGAUGAUCGGUGGUCACCUUGUUGUGGAUUAGUACGCCUUUAUGCCAGGAUGGGCCUUCAUCGUUACAAUUUGCUCAAGGGAACAAACUUACAGUUCAGGCAUGUCAAGAAAUACCAAAGGACCACGGGUUCUACUGCUUGUUCUAAUUACUACAUUACUUUGGUUGCUAAGGAUCCAGCUACCAGAAAACUUUUAUAUUUUCAUACUAAAAUUGAUGAAGAAUGUUAUUGCAAGUUUAUUUUGACGUGCGAUAUUGCUAGACCUCGAGGGACAAACAACACCGAUGAUGAUGCGUUGAUAGCUGAAUUCUACCUCAUAGGUAGCGUGCCUAAGUGCCCCCCAGAGGAUCUUUUCCAAAAUAGUAACCGGUUUUACGUGGUGAAGGGAUCGGAGCUGCAACAAAAUGACUGGAUUCGUCUAUAUCUGGAACUUGCAGUUGCCACAACUCAUACGAACAAGGGUAGAAAUCAUGAUCUGUCCAACUUGAAGAUUCUGAAAGUGGCCAUAGAAGCUACUGAAGACUUGGAUCCACCUAAUGAGGGAUCACUCAACGCCUUGAAUGCACUUGUCUACAUAAGGUACGAGGACUCUUGUGAGUCUCGGGUUGGUAAGGAUGUCGAUCGCAUUGCUAUUGUUAAAAGAAGCUACAGUCAUGGAAGCUUUGUUCUCGAGGGUCAGAAUAUGGCUUUCAAAUCCGAGGUGGCGCAUGGCUUACAAAAUCUGCGGAUUUGACUUUUGGCUCUCUCUCUCGUCUGCACUAGAGAAUCCAUUUGAAAAUAUGGAUCAGAUGAUAAUAAACUAUUAAUGGUCGAAUAAUUUGUUUAUAUUAUGUAACGAUCUUUCGUAAUUAAUAUAUCUAUGUCUGUAAGAUUUAACUUUUGGUAGAACGGAAUGAGAAUCAAUAUGUUUGAAAACUAAUAUUAAGUUUGCGAGUGUUA